UUUUAUACAAGGAUUUGUAAGAGAGGUAAAGGAAAACCUUGAAGUAAUGUCAACAAUCUUGAAUGUUUUGAUUGGUGUUUUAGCAGUUGGAGCUGCAGUUUUCCUAAAUUAUCCAGCUCCACCGCAAUCACCCAUAGUUUACCAAUGGCAAAGCCCAGGAAAAUUCAUGCAGUACAAAGAGAAGAAUAUAUUCUAUAAAGAUGAGCUAGGUAAUGGGACUGGCACUGUUCUCUGUCUUCAUGGAUUUCCAACAUCAAGUUUUGACUGGUACAAGUUAUGGCCUGCCUUAAAAAGGAAGUUUGGUCGAGUUGUAGCUUUGGACUUUCUUGGAUUAGGAUUCAGUGAUAAACCGCGAUUUCACAAAUAUUCUAUUUUUGAACAAGCUUCCAUUGUGGAGGAACUUCUGCAAACUCUACAGACUAAUAAAGUUCAUAUCUUAGCACAUGAUUAUGGUGAUACUGUAGCCCAAGAACUCAUUGCAAGACAUUUAGAUGCUGCUGAAGAAAAGAAGAAUUAUGUGAAUGUUAUGUCUCUGUGUCUUUUAAAUGGAGGAAUUUUCCCUGCAAAACACCAUCCCAGACUGAUGCAAAGGAUACUUGUCCUGCCCCUUGUUGGUACAAUUCUCUCAAAGUUCAUCAAUUAUUAUGUCUUUAGAAAUGCGCUUGGGGAGGUGUUUGGACCUGAGACUUGGCCAACUACUGCAGAGUUCCGAGAUUUUUGGGGAAUUAUAAGACAUAAUGAUGGAUAUCGAGUACUAGGAUCACUUCUGUCUUAUCUUGAAGAGAGAAAGACAAAUGAAGAACGCUGGGUAGGUGGUCUUCAGAAGACUGUAUUGCCAGUACAUGUGAUAUAUGGACCAGCAGAUCCUGUAAAUCCUCCUGAAUUUAUAGAAUAUUACAGAGCUGUCAUUCCUAAACCUAGUAUGACAGUAUUACCAGAAAACAUAGGGCACUAUCCACAACUGGAAGCUCCAGAAGCAACUGCGGAUGCAUACAUCAGUUUCUUGGAGACUAUCUCCUCUUAACUUACUUCAAGUAUAAAAAAGAAAGUUUUUUUUCCAAAGAUAAAAACUAUCUUGUUACGAUCAUGAACAAAACACAUGCAAAAUUGUUGUAGUUGUGUAAAAUACCUGACCAAACCCAUCAGUGUUAUGUACAAUUUACUCUGGAAUGAACAUGCGUUCUAUAAACCUAACUAUUUAGUUAAAAUUAUAUAGUUUCCCAAAGUAUUAAAAUAUGUGACUAUGAUAAUGCGCAUUCAUUAUCAAAAUGUUAAUCAGUAAUUUUAUUGCACAUACAUUAGUUUAAUCAUGUGAGUAUAGUUUUAUUAAUUACAUGCGUUUUCCAACACACUGAAAGAAUGAAAUAAUAUAUAAAUAAAGAAUUUGGUAUGACUUGCUUGGUAGGUGGAAUUUUUGGAAUCAACUCUGUGAACAUAUCAAAUUAUUUAUGAGUGAAGAAAGUGUUUGAUUUAUUUCUAAUUCAUUAAAUGUAUUUUGAAGUAUACUUUUAAUGUUUUGAAUCUGUUGAAUGGUGAUUAAUACUUAAAACUGUACUGUAACAUGUUUCUCCAUGCUGAGAUUAAUACUUCAGGAACUAAAGGGCACUUAUAAAUUCAACUUUCCACUUCCAUUUCAUUUAAUCUUUCAUUUGAGAGUUGUUCGUAUUAAAUUACAGAGACAAGUUUUACUUGCUUUCUUUUUAAGAAUGACACAGUGAGCCACUAGGAUAUUGAAUUAGCUAUUCUAAACUUAGAGAAUUCUAUUAUUUUACUUAAUGUUUAGUUUCUGCUUUAUAAUACUGUUUUUGUAAAUUGAUAUUCAACUAAAAGCAUUAAAGAGUAAAAUGCGUAGGCUUAUUAAUUUGUAAUAUAUAGAAAGUUUAGCAGAGCCCCAGCUAUAUUGUGGUCACUUUACCUCUUGCAACAUUUAAUAAGUAAAGUUUUGAACAUCUUUCUGCUUAAUAACACCAAAUAUCAAAUAUUGUUAAUAGUUAUAUUGCUGAUAAUUGUUAAAUCAAAAGAGAGAGAGAGAGGUGACAUAAGCUCUGUGGCAUCAUUUAACUAAUACAUACAGUGUUGAAAUCUGAAUAGCUAGGGAAUUUUUACUACCUAUUUAUUGUGUCACAUCUGGUCAGUGUAAGACUAUAAUUUGAAGUUACAGCACAGUUUAGUGUGCCGUAAAAAGUGAAUAGAAGAUUCUGAUCAUUAAAUGCAACAUUAGGCAGAUAAAGUACGUGUUAGUAGUUUAAAACUUUUGAAGAAAAUAAGAUAAUGCUGUACAACAGCAUUGCUCACAAUUUGAUGUCAUUAUUCGUACAGUUUGUGAAUCUAUAAUGUAUCUGGUGCUCGAGUAGAGUUAAUGGAUGUUUAUAUGAAUUUUAGUGUAGUGUAUUUUUGUGCCAAAGACAAAUCGUUCUUUUACUUGUUUCAACCUAAUUAUUGGAAUAAAUUUGUAGAAAAAACUUUUAUGCACAUGAAUAAAUAUAUUUUACUUAAAUAAC